UGCGUUUCGGCCCGCAGUUUCUGAGAAAAUUGCCACUAGAGAUGUAAGACCAAACGAUUACAGUCCUGCUUCGUCUCGGCUCAUGCAGCCUUGUCCACAAGAAGGUCCAAAAACAAGUAGCAAAAGUGGCUUCCGAGGUAAGCUAGAUGCGUUGCAGAUGCUGC